CUUUCUUCUCUCUUUUAUUUGUCACAUAGAAACUCUGCAAACUAUACAUAUUUUUUUUCUCUCUUUUAUCUGAGAAGAUCACUUAUUUUUUGAAAUUAGAGAUGAGGAACUAUAAGUUAAGAUUGUCAGUUAUGAGCCCAAGUGAAUGGUUCCACAAGCUCAAGAACAUGACAAAACCUAGAAAAAAGCAUUCUCUUCCUCUUUACUCCAUAAACACUACCAAGAAGAGAAAACCUUCCUCUGAGUCAAAGUCUCUUCCUUACUCUUCAACUUCUUACUUCUUCAAUAGGUCACGCUCACGCACAUCCUUUGAAUCUAGGAUCCUUCAAAUUUCACCAAGAAACUCUCUUCACAACAUACAGAGCAAAAGAAAGACUGUUUACAAGCCUUCUCCUCCUUCCUCUUCUAUUGUAUCUGCAGGUUUUAACAAAACAUUUCAUCAAAGCCAUGAUUCUCUCUCUGCCUCUUCCAACUUGAAAGUCAUUUCUUCUGAAGAUGAUAUUAUCAUCGACAUGAAUAAUAGAGAUUUCAAGAAGAAAACUUUCAAAGAGAUCACGAAGUUUGAUUCAACGGAGAAAGCCUGUCGUGCAAGUAACCGAACCAAGGAAACACAUAUACCUCAUCAUCUCUCUGUGAAGGUCAGUAAAGAGAAAGAAGAUGAAGAGGAAGAUGCAUGUCGAACCAAGAAGAAACAUCAGAAAACAUUAGUUUCUAGUGGAAGAAGAUCAUCAGCUAAAUCUCCAAGGAUAAAGCUCAGAGCGAGAUCUCCUAGAAUUCAAGUCUCGCCUCGUAGAAGCAAAUCAAGAUCACAGAACAAACAAAUUCUUGACAGUUUUGCAGUAAUCAAGAGUUCUAUCGAUCCGAGCAAGGAUUUCAGAGAAUCAAUGGUGGAGAUGAUAGCAGAGAACAACAUCAGAACCUCUAACGACAUGGAGGAUCUUCUAGUAUGUUACCUUACCUUGAAUCCCAAGGAGUAUCAUGAUCUCAUUAUCAAGGUUUUCGUUCAAGUCUGGCUUGAAGUCAUAAACUCUACAUUUGCAUCGAAGUAGAAUGAACUAUGAUCAAAAGCUUUAAAUCUCUGGUUAAUUGUAGUUCUUUUAAAGAGUUUGAUGUAGCCGUGGAGAUUUUCUUUGCAAGACCAGUUUUUGUGUUGUCUGAAUAACGUGAUAAAGACAUAUAAAUCACUCGCUUCCUUUUCGUCUCUGGUUAUGGUUUGUGAAGGUAAUA